CCAUGAUUCCAUGAUUCAGCAAUUCAAUGAUUCCAUGAUUCCACUAUUCUAUGAUUUCAUAAUUCCAUGAUUCAAUUAUUCAAUGAUCCCACGAUUCAAUGUGGGAUUCAAUGUGAUUCAAUGAUUAAACAAUUCAACGAUUCAGCAAUUCAACUAUUCUGUGAUUCAAUGAUUCUAUGGCUCCAUGAUUCUAUGAUUCCAUGAUUCCACGAUUCAAUGAUUCAAUGAUUCCAUGAAUCAAUCAUUCUACGAUUCAACAAUUCAGUGAUUGAAUGAUUCUAUAAUUCAUUGAUUCUAUGAUUCAGUGACUCCACAGUUCCACGCUUCCAUGGUUCUAUGAUUGAACAGUUCUGUGUUCCAAUUCUGUAAGAACUUAACACACAGAGCACCCCUCGCAUCUCUUCCCAUGGGAAACAACGUGGGUUAUGGUGACUUAUUAAAAAGAGAAAAAAGCAAUUGGCCAGAAAAACUCCUGUCUAAGCAUGUUUUAACCUACAAACUCUUUGCAACCCAAAGCCAAACUCAAGCCAGGAGCUGUGAAUCCUUUGCACCAUUUUCUCGGUGAUGGGCUUUUCGGGGAGAAGCUUCAAUGCUUGCCCAGCUUUGAACGUGUGAUUUCAAUUAAGCACGGAGUUAAAUGCCGACAGGGUCGGGGCUGUGUGUUUGGAUAAGGAGCAAUAAAGCAGCAGCUGUAUUUAUUCACUUAUUUUGAAGCUGCCGUGGAAGGCAGGAUGCUAAAAGGGAGGAAAAAGUGUUUGAAAGGCAAAGCUGAGGGACUCCUUUGUGUCCUGCAGGCAUCCUGCUCCCAAAGGCUCCAUAACCAACAGCAGGGUGCUGCUUCGCCGGGGGGAGUGAUGUCGGCUCUGUCCCAAAAUUUCCAUUUCCCUCAAAAUGCUCCAAUUGCUUAACAUAUAGAGAUGCCCCUUUAUAAAAGGAACUUCAAAGUGUGUGAGAACGGCACGGAUCCCCAAUUUAAGGCAGGAUUUGCUUGGUACAGACAGCCCGCCCUGCACGCAGAGAUGCUUAAUGCCGGAUUAUUAAGCCAUGGGGGAUUCUUGUUUUGUGUUUAUUAACCCAAAUGCUCUGUGCUGGGAAUUUCUCUGUGUUUGCUUACAAUGAAGUUAGUUUAUAGUGUGAAUGUUGUGCUUGCAGAGAUAUGUGCAGGGAUAUUUGUGCACACAGGGCUGCAUAUCCCCAGUGCUGUUUGCUGGGCACACUCACACAUCGGCCGUGAGUCCGUGCCAGCUGCACUCCUCCUUUGGGGGAUCAGUUGGAACAGAUAUGGGUGUCAGUGGGGGGAAGGAGUGGGUGUUGGUGUGGGUGUCCAUGGGGAAAGAUGUGGGUGUCCAUGUGGGUGUCAGUGGAGGUGUUGGUGUGGAAGGAGGGGUGUCCAUAGGAACACGGGUGGGGAAAGAGGGGUGUUGGGAUGGGUUUUGGUAGGGAGGAAGCUGAUGAUUGUCCAUGGGGGAGUUGGUUUAGAAAGAGAGGUGCCCCUAGGGGUGCUGUUUCAGGAGGAGUGUUGGGGGUGUUAUUUUGGAAGGCACCAGGGGUGUACCUUCGGUCGGAGGGGUGAUCCUGGAGGUAUUACUUUAGAGGGAGGUGUUCUGAGGGCUCUUGUUUCAAUGGGAGGACUGUCCCUGGGGUGUAGUUUCGGAAGGAGGGCUGUCCGUUCGGAAGGAGGGCUUUCAGGGACUGUUGUUUCGGAAGGAGGGGUUUGGGGGAGGUGUUGUCUCGCUGUCGCCGCGGGCCGGCAGGUGUUGGGCAGCCCCCCGCCCCCUCUUUGCAUAGCAGCUCUCCCCUUCCUUCUCCCCAUAUAAAGCCCCCGGAUCGGUCGGAGGCACCCAGCCGGCCAUGCCUCCCCCAAAGACCCCUUUCCACAUCGACGCUCUCCUCGCCGAACCCCCACGGCCCGGUCCCGCAGCCCCCGGCCCGCCGCCCCCCAUCCCUCUCCCCAUGCCGGGGCCGGGAGCCUGGAGCUGGGGCUGCCGCUGGGGAGGAGGUCUGGAGAUGUCUCACUGCACAGGUGCCGACCCGCUGGGCCCUGCUGUGCCAUGGAGGUCUGGAGGGCCCUGCAAAAUGAAGAGGGUCCGCACAGUCUUCAAACCAGAGCAGCUGGAGCGGCUGGAGCAAGAGUUCCUCAAGCAGCAGUACAUGGUGGGCACAGAGCGAGUGGACCUGGCUGCAACACUGCGUCUCACAGAGACCCAGGUGAAAGUCUGGUUCCAGAACCGGAGGAUCAAAUGGAGGAAGCAGAGCAUGGAGCAGAAGAAAGCAAAGCUGUCACAGUUUGGGGUGAUACAGUCCACCUCUGCUGGCCCCACAGAUGUCAAGGAGCAUGAGCAGGACACAGUGGACGUUGAGCUUUGAGCAGCUGAUGGGAUGCAGCUGCCACUGUUGUUUUUGCAGCCUGCCUGAUGGAGGUAUUGGGGAUGCAGGCACAUCUGUGCUCGCUUGGUCCAAGCUAGACUUCUUGCUCUGAGAGUGUUGAGCUACAGAACUAAAAUGCCACUGGGUGGGAAGAAGCAUCCAAGUGUAGAAACCCCCUAUUUGGUAACCAGUGCUGUAACUCUUGGGCUUGAUGGUGCCACUGUUGUGGCAAAGCAUGUGAUUUAAUUUGCUAUCACGGUGCUAGGAAGCACAGUUUCCAAUAGAGAGGCUGGGGUGACAGUCAGUCCAUGUCUCUGACAGCUGUGAGCAUGGCAGCAUCUGAACAUGGAGUCACUCCUGUUGCAGGUACUGUGUGCUUCUAUGAGGGAGAGCUGUGUUUUAUGAGAGAUUUGGGAGGAGAUUUGGCUCUGAUUGUUUCUUCUGGUCAUCUUGAUUCCCAUGUUGGAUGCUGAGAUCACAACAACAAAAAAAGUGGAAACUGAAAAGUCCUUUGCUCCCACCUGCAUCAUUCUUAUCAUUAUUGUAUUUAUUUUCGUAUAUUAUUCAUGCAAUGUGAUAAACAGGGUCUGACUCUGCCCCUGGAGCAGAAGUGCCCCUCCUCCUAUCCUGUGCCUUGCUGUCUUCCUGCCUUUCUUUUGCCUUUCAGAGCCCAGUGUGUUUUUGCCUUACUUCACCAUGGUGUCCACAGGGAACAAGGCGCUGCUGAGGCUCUCAGAGGUGCAGAGACCAGGGCUGUUAUAAACCAGCAGCUCUCCAACACCUCUGCUGUGUCAGACGGCCCCCUGCCCUCAUCCAGAUGUGCUGGUCCUGGCCCAGAUGGCGGCUGCUCCCUUCUCUCCUCGUUAUACACUGCAGUGCUGUGGGAAGCAGCACCUGGAGAGCUUGGCGAGCACAUUUGCAACCACACACUGCAGCUUGCUGUCGUAUUCCUGGUGGGUGGGAGGGCUCUGAGGGGUCAGGACUGAGUAUUCACGUUUCUCUGUGUUUUAGUAAUUCCUAGGGGCUGAUGUGCACAGCAGCAGCAGCUUUUGGCCACGCAGCCAGUGCUCAGGCUGUCACCUCAUCCCAGGGCACCAGGCGCAACAUCCCAUGAGCUCAGGAUAAUUCAUCACGCCACAGAAUCACAGAAUCAUAGAAUGGCCUGGGUUGAAAAGGACCAC